UAGUAUAAUAAGUUUAUAAAUAUUAUACACUUGUGAAUUAAUUUAUUAAGUAAAUCGCUUAGUUAAGAUCUUUUAAAAAUGGAAAACGCAAGUACCCGCCAACGUUCAUUUUACUACAGUCAAGAAACGUCUGAGCAGAAACGUUGUUGGAUUUGUUUUGGUACUGAUGAUGAAGAUUAUGAAAGUAACAGUGAUUGGGUAUCACCAUGCAAAUGUCGCGGUUCUACACGUUGGGUUCAUCAGGAUUGUGUUCAACGUUGGGUUGACGAAAAACUGCAAGAAAAUAUUAGUGUUAAAGCACAUUGCCCUCAAUGCCACACACAGUAUAUUAUUGUGUAUGAUGAAGUCAAUUACUUUGUUCGAAUACUAAACCAACUUGAUAAGACAGCUAUUCGACUAUGUCCUUUUUUGGCAGCUGGUUUUGUGGUCAGCGCUAUUUAUUGGUCAGCAGCUUCUUAUGGAGCAAUAACGAUGAUGCAGGUAAUGGGUGAACGGGAAGCUAUAACAAUGAUGGAGAAUACAGAUUCUUUUAUGUUGCUCUUGGUGUUGCCAUCAAUACCUCUCAGUCUAAUUUUAGGCAAAACGAUUAAUUGGGAAGAAACCUUGCUGUUAUUUGUGCAGAGAUUUACUUUACAACUACCCUCAUUAAGAACCAUCAUGCCUUCGUUUUUGUAUGAACCUGUCAAUAAUUCAACGAGUACAGUCCAAUUCAAUUCAGUUGUUAAUCCAAGAGCUACUCUUUGCACUGCACUUUUCUUGCCAACUACUGCCACCAUAGUUGGAAAUUUAUUAUUUGACAAAAGUUCAUACUCAUAUCCACAAAAAACUUUAUUGGGUGGGUUAGUGUACAUUGCAGUAAAAUGUGUUUUUAGAAUAUAUCAAAGACAACACAAUAUUAUAAAAGAAAGAACACGUAAAGUCAUUGACUAUUCUGAAACUGAUACUGAAGAAAAUAAUUAAAAAUCUGUACCAUAAUCCAAUGCUUGUUUACAUCACUUGUAACAUAUUAUAACAUCUUGAUAUUGUACAUAAAUAUGUAAACGUAUAUUUAAAAAA